AUUAAAAUGGGAAACACAAGAAAUUUAAAUAAAACUUUCAUCACUUAGUAGUCUUUCUUUGUUAUUGUCAUUAGGGGAACUUUACCUAUUUGUCUUGUUAUGUGAAAUCACUCCCUAUUAAGUGAGAGAGAGAGAGAGAGUUGAAGCAAUGAUGGAUGCAAAGCAAAGUGAUUUGAGAGUUUUGAUGUUCCCAUGGUUGGCUCAUGGCCAUGUUUUCCCCUUUCUUGAACUAGCCAAAGGCCUAGCCAAGAAACACUUCCACAUUUACUUUUGCUCCACUCCCAUCAACCUCGACUCCGUCAAAAAUCACUUGAACAACAACAACAAUAACAACAACAACAACGACGACGCUGAUGAUCAUCAUGCCUCGAUCGAGCUGGUCGAGCUCCACCUCCCAUCCUUGCCCGAGCUCCCACCACACUACCACACGACCAAGAACACCCCACCCGACCUCAUCCCCACCCUCAUGGAGGCCUUCCAAGAGUCGGGCCCCGCCUUCUCCGACAUCAUCGGGAGGCUCGAGCCCGACCUGCUUAUCUACGACGUGAUGCAGCCGUGGGCCGCGAAGGCCGCUGCAUCACGGGGCGUCCCGCCCGUCUACUUUUCGACGUCGGGCGCCACGACGUUUGCAUUGGCCCACCACUUGUACACGCACAAGAAUUGGGACAGCUUCCCCCACGAAGCCAUACGGCUUAAAGAUUAUGAGAAGAGGGGGAUGGGAGCUGCGGCUAACACCAUUCGAAUCAAGGAUGCAGGGGAAGGCUUUGUCUUUGGGGUCUUCCACCUAUCAAACGACGUCGUUUUGAUGAAGACGUGCCGGGGUUUGGAGGGGAAGUAUGUGGAUUAUCUCUCUAACUUAUGUGAGAGAAAGAUUGUGACCACUGGUCCAUUGAUCACAUUUGCUGACAAUCAAGAAACUGGUGGCUCGGAGAUCAUGGAGUGGCUGAGUGAGAGAGAGGAAAGCUCAACUCUCUAUAUUUCAUUUGGGAGUGAGAAUUAUCUAACAAAGGAGCAAAUGAGGGAGAUAGCGAAAGGGUUGGAGCUAAGUGGUGUUAACUUCAUUUGGGUUGCUAGGGAGCCUGCUGGGAGUGAGGUUUCAUUGGAAGAUGCAGUGCCUGAAGGCUUUCUGGAGAGGGCGGAGCCGAGGGGGCUCGUCGUCCGAGGGUGGGCCCCGCAGGCGGCGAUUCUGGCGCAUCCGAGCGUGGGCGGCUUCAUGAGCCACUGCGGGUGGAGCUCGAUCACGGAGAGUUUGUACUUUGGGGUGCCGGUGGUGGCGCUGCCCCUGAAGCUCGAUCAGCCGAUGAAUGCUCGGCUGGUGGUGGAGGCCGGCGUCGGCGUGGACGUGGCCAGGGACGAGGAGGGAGAGCUCGACGGGGGCAGAGUGGCGGAGGCCGUGAAGGAGGUGCUUAUGGGGGAGAGUGGGGAGAGAUUGAGGAGUAGAGCAAGAGAGAUGAGUGGGAAGAUGAAAAUGGAGGGAGAUGAAGCCUUUGAUGAAAUUGCAGAAGAGCUGAUCAAAAUCUGUAAUAGAAAAUGAUCACGAAAUUCACUUGCAUUUUUGUUUCUCUUUUGAAUUUAUUUGGAAAAAUGGGAAAGCACUAUUUGAUAUGUAAAACUAGACAACAACAAAAACAGGAUGAAUAAAAGAGAGAGCUUCUUCAAUAUUUA